AUGUUGCCUUCUUCCUCAUCAUUAUUACCUUCUAUACCUUCUUCAACAACAUUCUCUCCUUCUCCCUUAAAUAAUUUAUUAUUAUUUAAUUCUCCUUCUUCUCAACAACAAAAUAAAUAUUUAAAUUCCCUUAAUUUAUUACAAUCAACAAUACAAACUUUAAAUUUCCAAUUAAUUUUGGAUCAACAAAGGCAACAAUUAAUAGAAACAAUUAAAUAUUUUUUACAAAAAAGAGAAGAAGAAGAAAAAGAAAAAUAUUUAUUUAAAAAACAAGAAGAAAUUAAAAAUAACAAAAUAAUUAAUUUACAAAAUGAAGAAUUUAAAAAUAAACAAAAAUUAUUAAAAAAUGAAGAACAAGAAUUGAUAAAAAAUAAUAAAUUAAUACCAAAAGAAAAAUUAAAAAGAAAACGGAAAAGACAAGAAAUUGAGACAGAUUCUCCUGUUUCUGGAAUGUUUAUUAAGGAUUUUUGUGACGAGGAAGAACUUAGAAAAACUGCAAAAGCAGCUAAACUUCAAUUGGAUGACUCGGCUUCUUUUGUAAAAAUUUCAGAAGGAGCUAGAAAGGCUAUUGCUUUAAUUCCGGAUGUUAUUGGGGAUUCUAAAUGUGCUUUGUGUAAAAUUAAAUUUGAAGAUGUUUUUCGUCUAGCAAUGCAUAAAUGCCCUCGUAUUCAACACGAAGAAUAUAAAUGUAAAGAAUGUGAAAAGGUAUGGUUGUGUUGA